AUGGAUCUCUUUGAUGAUAAUAAUCCUUAUUACAAAUAAGCUUUGUCUAUGCCACAAUUCCAACCUGUUUUUAGUCGUUAUACUACCUAUAAUAAUUCAUCAUAAAACAAAAUUAUUGAUUGGGGAUACUUAUAACCUAUCUCAUGCAUACUUGAAAGAAAUGAAUAGGAUUAUAUUUUAAGUGGACAUGAUAAAUUUAAUGAUAGCAUGCUAUCUGUGUAUAAUACAUCAGAUUCUCAAAGGGAAUUUGAUUUGUUAAGUGAUGUUAAAAAAUUUAAAUCAACUAAAAUUUUAGAAAGAAAUAAUAGACAACCCAAAUAUCCUAAAGAAUUCUAUAAAGUAUUUGAAGAAUUAGAUAAAGAAUAUUCAUUAGAGUUUCAUUUACAACGAGGAAUCAAUCCUUUUCUUCACUAACCUAAUUAUGUUCAACCAAUAACAGUAUUUGGUUAAUUCUCUAAUUUAAAAAAUCUAAAAAGCAUAGCAAGUAUUAUAGAGAAGUGUUAUCUUCCAAAUAUGAUUCGUGUUUGUUCUAAAUUAAUGAAUGAUGAAAAUAAUUAUGAAUUUAAGGGUAAGUUUAAUAAUGUUAAGAUUGUCUAGAGUUUGAGUGAAGAAGAAACUGUAUAAAUUCUUUACUUAAAAGUGAAUGAAAAAAAGAAUACUGGUGAAUAAUUAUGGCAUUUUGUAACUAUGAUGUACUAAAAACUUGAUGAUGGAGGAUGCUUUGUUUUUGAAAUGAAAAAUUUAGCUGAUCCUGCCUUUACUUAAUUUUUAUAUUUAUUCCAGAAAUUGUUUUCAAUCAUUUCAUUAGAUCAUAUCGAUAUUCUUACUUUAAGCCCAAAAAUUAGUUGUUAUGGAUUUUAGAGAAAAACCUCUAUAUCUAUUUUAGAUAAAGUAAUCUUAAAUUUAGAAGAAAUUAAAAAAAAUAAUUACAAUAUUUUUAUGAUAAGAUAAUUAACUUAAGAUCAUAGAUUUGAACAUGAUAUAAAGUCAUUUUAUAAAAAAUACUAAAUGAAAAUUUCAUAAUAAAUAAAAUUAAUUUAACAUUUUGAAAGAGGAGGAGAAAUUAGUUAUCAAGAAUUCAUUUAAGAAUGUGAAAAAAUGAAGGAAAAGACAAAGAAACAUUCAAAAACAUUUGAUUAAAAUCAUACUCGUCAAGAACCAAGAAAUGAAAGUAAUCAUAAGGCAACAUAAGUUAAAGUGAUAAAUUAAAAAAUUGAUGUGGGUGAAGGAGUACCAGAGUUAGAAUUCAAACCAUAUAAACCUUAGUGGAAAUCUGAUCAAAAAAAGUAAGAUUAGCCAAAAAUAAAUAAUAAAGAAGAAAGGGGCAAAUAAUAAUUAGAAAAGUUAUUGAAUUAAGCAUCAUAAAAGAAAUAAACAACUAAAGAAAUAUAAUAGAAAACAUAUGAAAAAUAAUUAGGUUUAAAUUCAAAAAAGAGAACUUAUAACACUACUGCUGAAGAUAGAAGAAAAAAGCAUUGAAUUAACAUAUAUAUUUGUUAGAAUAAAUUAUUAUUAAAAC